UAUACAGCAGAUACAACCAAUGAUCACUUGGUGAGGCGAAACCCAGCAAUAGCUGGAGUCGCGUAAGUGAUAAACCAGUAACUAAGAAGCGCUUACUAUUACUGUGAUUACUGUAAUGUCAUUAUGGUAAUACAUGUGAAGUAGAAAAUGGUAAUAGUUUAAGAUUGUUUUAGCUCUAGGAAAAAAUUGGACAACAGACAUGAAACUUCCUUGUCUAAUUUUGAUUUUUAUAAUCGUUGACGCUGAACAUCACCUGUUCUCCAGAUUACAGCGUGUAGCUGAUACAGACCACAGUGUGUAUACACUAAGUUCAAACACAGCCUCGAACCAUGCAGUUUGUGCGAAGAAUUGUAAAAGUGAGGAUUGUCUCUCUUUCUCGUACACGGCGGCUGACAAAAGGUGUGAAACUUACUCCCGCUCGAUUGGAGGGAAGACGGAUGUUGGCCCAUCCAUGUCAACAAUGUACUUCGCUAAGGUUUUCAGCAGCUGUUCAGAGGUACCGCAGAAACAUCCGUCAGGCAUCUACCGUAUAGGGACAAGAAAAGGGAUCGGUGUCGACAUGUUCUGUGAAAUGGACACUGCCGAGGGGCCGUGGAUGGUGAUACAGAGAAGAACAAAAGGUGAUGUCGAUUUCUAUCGUGGCUGGAAUGACUACAAGUACGGUUUCGGAGAUCUGCUCGGAGAUUUCUGGAUCGGUAACGAAAACCUUCACCUUCUGACAAACAUUUCACGGACUUUACGUGUGGAGCUAGAGGGCUGGGACGGGACAAGAGGAUACGCCCAGUACUCUAUUUUCCGGGUCUCGCACGAAGAUCAGAAUUACACACUAAACGUGAAUGGUUUCACUGGCAACGUAUCAUUUAAUGCGAUAACCGGAAACAACGACCAAUCCUUCACCACUUACGACCGAGAUAACGACCAAUCGGAUACUUCAAACUGUGCCGAGUAUCGUCACUCCGGUUGGUGGUUCUUUGACUGUACCCGGGUUAACCUGAACGGCCGGUACCAGUCACACAGAGUAGAUCUGCGACAAGCCAUGACCUGGGCCAACUUCCCUGACGAUCAGAUAUACUUUUCUCCAUUAAAAACGACCACGAUGAAGAUUCGAUAGGUACAACUGUGUCGGAUUUAUUGUUUAAGUGAUUUUACUUUUAAUCACCAUAUGAUAGGCUUGUGGUGUUGCGCGUGUUAACGAGUUUCACGUGUUGUAUUUAAGACUCUGAUAGUGCGAAAAUUAACACCGCAACCAAACAACUUGUACAUAGGAAAAGCUUGCAUAUAAGCGAUGUAUUGGGCCACUUUUUACCUGAGUUACAGAACGAAUAACAGAAUAAAUAUUGUUUUGACAAGUAUUUCAACGUUCAACAAACAUUGUAAAGGAAUUUUAAUCAUCUUGAUAUUUAAAAUGUUACUAUAUGCCCGUCAUACCCUAGCCGGUACGGCAAAAAAUGUUGGGACAGUUUUAAGACGGCGCCGGAUUCAGGGACUCAAAGGUGAGCUUUCGAAUAUAGUUGAUCAUUUUCUUUUCAUCAUAAUUUAACCCUUAAAGGAGAGUUGAUUUUUAAGCUAUAAGAGUUGUACAGAAUGCCGAUAUUUGACAAUAAAUGUGAUAUUUUACAAAAUCAGGAUGAAAGCUGACGAAAAAUUAUGAACGGAAAUCGAAGCGACGUUGGCUGUAAACCGGCUGUAAUGCCGUAAACAGGUUAAAAAUGUUAUUUUGAUUGGUUAUGAGUGAGCACGUAGGCACAAUUGUAGCUGAGCUACGAAGUAUUCAUCUUCGCUUGCCAAGGUUUCUGAUUACGUUACACACCAUGUGGGGUACGUUCUCCACGUGGUGUGUAGCGUAAUCAGAAACCUUGGCUAGCGAAGAUGCUAAGUAUUAAGAUAUAAAAAGGGAGAAAUAUGCGAUUUCAUAACAUGACCUAAAUUUGACUUUGUCCGGUUGGGACAUGACGUAUUACGACUGUGAACGGUUUGGAAUGACAAAAAUACAUACUACAUUUGAACAGUAGGGACUGUAAUAGUAUCCGGUAUGGUUAUGACAAUAGAAUUGAUUACCAUUGUUAUCAUAGGCAGGAUGCAUCAUAUACAUGUAUACAUAUAUAUGCGUGACACUUUAAUAAAUUAUUUUAUAAUAUUACAUUAUAUUAUAUUAUACUGCUAAUUAUAACAUCAAGUCACCUGUCGGAAACCUAACCCAUUAAAACUGAUCAUUACUAAUUCAGACCUUCAAAUUGUCACCGAUAGUCAUUACAUAUAUAUAUAGCUUCGACCUCAAUUAUGCAUGAUGGGUAGCCAUCUGAAAGUCGUUAGAUAUUGUGUUUAUAGUUCAUUUGCCUGAUACCGUAUCGAUUUUUUUUCAGCUGGACCAACAUUUUUGUCGUACUGGCGAUUAGUAAUAUUUUUACUGCGAAUUAAACUAUUUCAUAUAAGAUUGAAUUAUUUUUUAUUAAACCUUUGAUAUUGUCACAAA